AUAAUCAAGCUUGGACAUGCGACUUUUUCUCAUCAUGGGUCACGCUGAUUUGAGUUCCAAGCUCCAAAGGGUCCUCCUCCAGCAUCAGGUGCGUCUGAAGCCCGUACCUUUUAGCUCUUCCAGGGAUUCUCACGAAACUCUCAAAGUCUACGACGAUUCCAGGCUCCAGUUCAUCCAGGAGAUGCUCGACCAGGAGGAUGAGCCCGAGGAUUCUAGCCAGGAGGCCCAGCAGGUUCUUAGCGGAUUGCUGGAUCAAGAUGAGCUCCAAGCGCCCACUUCUCCGGCUAGUAAUCCAGUGCUCGCGAGGAGCGAUGGAGCAGAUUUGGAGGGUCUGCUAGUGGCAUGUGCUGAAGCAGUGGCCGCCAACGACUCAGCACAAGCGUACGAGCUCGUGGAAGAACUGACAAGCUUUGCAUAUUCUGGAGAGAGCUCCCUCCAUCGAGCAGUGCUCUAUUUCACUAAUGCCCUCGUCGCAAGGCUGAGAGGAUACGGCGCCCAAAUGUAUAGAAUCAUGUCCAAGGAGGUGAGCAUCAGGCAGACAUUGGCAGUGCAAAUGAACCUCCCAGUUCUCCGAGCCACCGAAUUUUUUGCGAACCAGACUAUCCUCGAGGCUUGCCGGGGACAGAGGAACCUUAAGCUUCACAUAGUUGACUAUGGGAUCUUCUACGGCUGCCAAUGGCCAUCGCUCAUCGAAGCUCUCUCCCAGCGAGACGAAGGCCCUCCAAAGAAGAUGAUGAUUACCGGGAUCGAGCUUACGAGCAUUGCGGAAGCCUCAAUGCGUCAAACUGGCGAGGGCUUGAUAGCGUACGCAAAGUCGUGCGGGGUCCCACUGGAGUUCCAGCCCGUGGUAAGCAACACUUGGGAGAAGGCCGAGCCGCGGUACCACCUUUCCUCGGACGAGUUCUUGGUUAUCAACUGUAAGCUGCGAAUGAGGCACUUGAGAGAGGAUGGUUACAUCCUAAUGGAGAGCCCCAGGAAGAUUUUCUUCAAGAACAUUGCUAGGCUCAAGCCAGCAUUGUUCGUGCAGUGUGUGGUUACCACCGACUUGAGCUCCCCGUUUUUCAUUCACCGCUUCCGGGAGGCCUGGAGAGAUAUCCACAUCAGAAUGGAGCAGAUUGAAGAGACUAUGCAAGUGAUUGAUCCGCCCAAGCUCGAGUAUCUCAACAGGUUGAUGGAGAAGACCGUCAUGAACAUGGUGGCCUGCGAGGGAGCCGAUCGGAUUGAACGCCUCAGCUCGUACAAAACCUGGAACUAUUUGGCAACGAGAGCAGGGUUUGAGAAGCUGCCCAUCAGCAAUCAAGCGCUGCAAAUGGUCAAGCUUGUGUGGACGAGCCACAAGAAGUUCACGUAUGGAAUCGAUGAGAAGUGGCUGCUUCUGGGAUGGAAAGAUGUGACUUUGACGGCGAUGAGUGCAUGGCAACCAAUGUGUAGUACUUUCCCCUUCAUUAAGGAAAAAAAUUAAGAUUAGGUGAUCACCUGACAAGAAAUACCAAAGCUGGGCGCCUAACAAUGGAUAAGGUGCCCAAGAAAAUUUGAAGGUAGAAGAGAGAUGUUUUAGACUUCAUAUAGUACUUAAAUCUGUUUAUAAAAGUUUGUUCAUCUUUUAAA